AUGUGGAAAUUUCACCAGAAAUUGAAAAGGUUGGCUAACACUCUUAACAACUGGUCCAAAAAGGAAUUUGGGGACAUUUUUGCUAAAGUCAAGGAAUAUGAGGAGAAGGUCAAAACAGUGGAGGAUCAACUGAUUCAAGACCAUAGUGAGACUAACAGAACUAUCCUUCAUGAACUCAAUGCUAAGUAUAUCAGAUUCUUGAAGAUAGAAGAUUCCCUUUUGAAACAGAAAACUCAAUUACAAUGGUUCAAAGAGGGUGAUUGCAAUACAAAGUAUUUCCACUCGCUGAUAAGGGGAAGAAGAAGAAGGUUAUUUAUUCACAAGCUUAUCAGGGAGGAUGGGGAAUGGAUACAGGGAGAUGAUGUUAUUGCUGAAACUGCAUGUGACCAUUUCCAGAAAAUAUUUACAGGAGAUAACAAUUUCAUCAAUGAGGGUGCCCAAGAUUGUAUACCUCGGAUGAUCAAUAAGGAACAAAAUUAUAGUCUUACUGCCAUGCCUAAUCUGGAAGAGUUGAAGGAAGUAGUAUUCUUUAUGAAUUCUAAUUCUGCAGCUGGUCCAAAUGGGAUGAAUGGAUAUUUUUUUUCAGAAAUGUUGGCACAUUAUCAAGCAUGA